CGAGCGAGGGAGCGCGCACGCAAGGAGGGAGGAGAGGGAGGAGCACAUCCUAAUGCAGAGAUGCUGCAGUGGCUUCGGGCACACACAUCCACACUCGGGCAGCACCAGCCGAGCACUGCCUCUGAGCGCGGCCGCCGGCUCCGCCGCACGCACCCGCCCCGCACAAGGGCCACCAUCCCCACGCACACACAAGAGGCUCAGCCCUAACCCGGCUGGAGGCGCAGGAUGGGAAGCGCCGCUGGAUUUGUCUGCACAUCCCUCACUGCCAUCACCUUUCUGGUGUGGUGCCAAGCACAGAGUAGCACAAGGAACUAUGGGCCAGUGUUUGAAGAGCAGCCAGUGCACACCCUCUUCCCUGAAGGCUCAGCAGAAGAGAAAGUCACCCUGUCCUGCCGAGCCAGAGCCAGUCCCCCUGCGACCUACAGGUGGAAGAUGAAUGGCACAGAGAUAAAGAUGGAGCCAGAUUCCCGCUACCGGCUGGUUGCAGGCGACCUAGUGAUAAGCAACCCAGUGAAAGCCAAGGAUGCUGGCUCCUACCAGUGCGUGGCAUCUAAUUCCAGGGGCACGGUGGUGAGCAGGGAAGCCUCCCUACGCUUUGGCUUUUUGCAGGAAUUCUCUGCAGAGGAGCGUGACCCGGUGAAGAUCACGGAAGGCUGGGGAGUGAUGUUCGCCUGCAGCCCCCCUCCCCACUACCCAGGCUUAUCCUAUCGAUGGCUCCUGAAUGAGUUUCCCAAUUUCAUCCCAGCCGAUGGAAGGCGUUUUGUCUCUCAGACCACAGGAAACCUUUACAUUGCCAAGACAGAGGCUUCUGACCUGGGGAACUAUUCCUGCUUUGCCACCAGCCACAUCGACUUCAUCACCAAGAGCGUGUUCAGCAAGUUCUCCCGCCUCAGCCUCGCCGCAGAGGAUGCCAGGCAGUAUGCUCCCAGCAUAAAAGCCAGGUUUCCUGCAGACACCUACGCCCUGGCUGGGCAGAUGGUGACACUGGAGUGUUUUGCCUUUGGAAACCCUGUUCCUCGGAUAAAGUGGAGGAAGCUGGAUGGCUCUCAGGCCUCCAAAUGGAUCGGCAGUGAGCCCCUCUUGCAGAUCCAGGAUGUUGGCUUUGAGGAUGAAGGCACUUAUGAGUGUGAGGCUGAAAACAUCAAAGGGAGAGACACCUACCAGGGCCGCAUCAUCAUUCAAGCUCAGCCGGAGUGGCUGAAGGUGAUCACAGACACGGAAGCUGACAUCGGGUCUGACCUGCGCUGGAGCUGCGCGGCUGCUGGCAAACCCAGGCCCGCGGUGCGGUGGCUGCGGGACGGGCAGCCUCUGACCUCCCAGAACCGCAUUGAAGUGAGCGGUGGAGAGCUGAGAUUUUCCAAGCUAGUCCUGGAGGACUCUGGCAUGUAUCAGUGUGUGGCUGAGAACAAGCAUGGCACAGUAUAUGCAAGUGCUGAAUUAACAGUGCAAGCCUUAGCACCAGAUUUUAGACUAAACCCAGUGAAGCGACUGAUCCCUGCAGCCCGAAGCGGGAAGGUCAUCAUCCCAUGCCAACCAAGAGCAGCACCAAAAGCCACCAUUGUCUGGACCAAAGGCACUGAACUUCUGAUCAACAGUAGCAGGGUGACUAUUACCACAGAUGGCACCUUGAUCCUCCAGAACAUCAGCAAAUCUGAUGAGGGGAAAUACACCUGCUUUGCUGAGAAUUUCAUGGGCAAAGCCAACAGUACUGGGAUCCUCUCUGUUCGAGAUGCCACCAAAAUCACAUUGGCACCAUCUAGUGCUGACAUCAAUGUAGGUGAAAACCUUACUCUGCAAUGUCACGCAUCUCAUGAUCCAACUAUGGACCUGACCUUCACCUGGUCACUUGAUGAUUUCCCCAUUGACUUUGACAAGUCUGAGGGGCACUACCGGCGAGCCAGUGUGAAGGAAGCUAUUGGGGACCUCAGCAUCUUCAACACGCAGCUGAAGCACUCGGGGCGGUACACAUGUACAGCCCAGACUGUUGUGGACAGUGCUUCGGAGUCAGCCAUGCUGACUGUCAGAGGACCUCCAGGCCCCCCUGGGGGGGUGGUGGUGAGAGACAUCAGUGACACCAGUGUCCAGCUGAGCUGGAGCCGGGGCUUUGACAACCACAGCCCCAUCGCCAGGUACAUCGUGGAGGCACGGACCCUCCUCUCCAGCAAAUGGAAGCAAAUGCGGACCAACCCUGCAAAUAUUGAAGGCAAUGCAGAGACAGCCCAGGUGGUGAACCUCAUUCCUUGGAUGGAUUAUGAGUUCCGGGUCUUAGCAAGUAACAUCCUUGGAGUUGGGGAGCCGAGUUUACCCUCCAGCAAAAUCCGUACCAAAGAAGCAGCACCUACUGUGGCACCAUCUGGGCUCAGCGGAGGUGGAGGGGCUCCCAACGAGCUGAUCAUCAACUGGACGCCGACGCUGCGGGACUACCAGAACGGAGACGGCUUUGGCUACAUCUUGUCCUUCCGCAAGAAGGGCACGGAGGGGUGGCUGACAGCCAGGGUGCCACACGCCGAGUCGCUGCACUACGUGUACCGCAACGAGAGCAUCGGCCCCUACACCCCCUUCGAAGUGAAGAUCAAAGCGUACAACAGGAGGGGAGAGGGACCAGAGAGCCUCACCGCCAUCGUGUACUCUGCAGAGGAAGAACCAAAAGCGGCUCCAUACAGAGUUAUAGCCAAGGCUGUUCUGUCCUCAGAAAUGGAUGUAUCCUGGGAGCCCGUUGAGCAGGGAGACAUGACCGGAGUGCUUUUGGGUUAUGAGAUCCGGUACUGGAAGGACGGUGACAAAGAGGAGGCAGCUGACAGGGUGAGGACCGCAGGGCUGGUCACAUCGGCCCAUGUAACCGGCCUGAACCCCAACACCAAGUACCACGUGUCGGUCAGAGCUUACAACCGGGCUGGCACCGGCCCCCCCAGCCCCUCCACCAACGUCACGACCACGAAGCCACCACCAAAGAGGCCGCCUGGCAACAUCUCCUGGACUUUUUCUGGGUCUACAGUCAGCAUCAAGUGGGACCCAGUGGUGGCAAAGGCAGACGAGUCUGCAGUUACGGGCUACAAGAUGCUUUACAGGCAGGAUUCCCACUCUGCUCCCACACUGUACCUGGCCAACAAGAACCAGCUCGACAUCCCUGUCCCUGAAGACUUCACUCACGCCUUUGUCCAGAUCAGGGUGACGGGCCCCGGGGGAGAUGGAAUCCCAGCAGAGGUUCACAUCCUCCGGAACAGUGGGACAAGUAUGAUGGUGGAAGACUCUGUGACGAGGCCGGUGCCACACGCUGCCGUUAUCACAACUAACUCUCUAGUAAUGGUGGCCCUGAUCAGGUACCUGGAGCUCUGACGAUGGCCACUGCAGCAGAGGACUCCGGACACGCUCCCUCCCAAGCUGGUGGGGAACUCCCCAAGACUUGGCUGCUGCAACACCAAGUUUGAACCACAGCAGCACUACAGCGAAAGGAUUGACAACGUUCUUUUAAGGCAGGAAGAAAGAAACAGCCUUUUUUUUGGUGGUGUUUCGGAAGAACAUGAGCUUUCCUACAAGAAAUGGGUCUUUUACCGAUUAAAGCUUUUAUAUAGAAACAAGUCAAGUGAAGAAUUCGACAUGAAUUCUCACAGCAACUGCCCCCACACCGUACCCAGUAGGUUUUUUCUGCCUUAUGAAGCCAUGUACUAAAAUAACCAGACUGCUACAUUUACUUUUUGGUUUUAAAACAUGUACAGUGAAUUUCUGUGGGGGGAAAGGGAGGAUGGGGACUGAGGAUUUCACAGUGAGCAGCAUGUUCCACCCCGAGCCCACUCACAGCCAUCUCUAACGAAUCAUGGGACAGGAUUCUGUAUUCCCCACCCAUAAUAAGCAGCAACCAGCCCAAGGAGAUAAAGCCACGAGAGGGAUUGAUCUCUGCCCCAUCCUGAAGAUUGGUGAACGCAGAGUUUAGAUGGUGAAAAGCUUUUUUGACAACCCUGGUGUUAACUCGCAAGCCCAGCCUCUUGUUUGUAUGAACUGUUAUGCUGUGAGGUGCAACGUUCAAUGUUAUCCAUGGCCCAUGUGCUCUUGGGGUGGUUUUGUUAUACUGUUUGCUUCUUUCCUUAGUUUUUGGGAGGGAGGAGAAGGGGUAAGUAAGUGAGAAGGAGACACUUCUUUAGCAUCUGCUAAUUCAGAGAGGCAGUUCUGCCUCCUGAUGGAGGUGUCAACAUCUCCCGUUUCAAUAGAGAGAGGGUCUUAAAGGAGGAAGAAAAAGGAGCAUCAGACAAUUUAAACAAGAUCUGGAGACUCGGGAGCCAGCCCUGGGGCAACAAAGGGCAAUGAGGGCUCAGCCAGCUUCAUCUCCCUCCAGCCACAAUGCCAGUCUCCACUUGGGACUGCAAGCUCGAGAUCCAGCCAAGAAUUCCAGCUGGUUUUCAGCUCCAAGGCUGGUACAGCUCAUGUAAAUGGGAGGGCUGAUACCCCAAAGUAGUACAGGGGGAGGUGCCCCGUUAACUAAAAUGGUUGGGAAUAGAUGUUGAGUAUUAAAGUCUGUCUCCUGGUAAAGCACCUGAGCAAAGUCAAUGAGAAGUUGAUUUAUGUUGCUCCCUGGUUAGAUCCCAAGGGUGUUUUCAGGGACCUUCACCUGCCUCCUUCCUCCUUCCCAGCGGAUAACACUGAUGGCCUGAGCGAGCUCAGCUCCAGCCCGACCUGACACAGGCAGGACUGUGCAUGGCAAAGCACUGACACAUGGGUUGUAGGUACCAGUUCCUGCCCUUGAUAAAUUGAUUCCCAUAAUCAAUUUAUGAGGAUGGAGAGACAAUGGCACAUGGUGCCCAGAGAAGCUGUGGCUGCCCCAUCCCUGGCAGUGUUCAAGGCCAGGUUGGACACAGGGGCUUGGAGCAACCUGCUCUAGUGGAAGGUGUCCCUGCCUGUGGCAGGGGGUUGGAGCUGGAGGAGCUUUAAGCUCCCUUCAACCCAAACCAUUCCAUGAUUCCAUGAUUUUAAAAGUACCGUGCCCUAGGCUUUAGGGAGCAUUUGAGAGAUAACACACAUAAAUCCCCGGCCUCCCAGUGUUAUGCCUAUGGUACAGAUCCACAGGAUCCCAUCACGAUGUUUUUAGCGUCUGGCCUACCAGAAGGUAAAUGCAGGGGUAGGUUCACACCAUGGGAUGCAGACAGGACGGCUCCCGUGUGUUUAGCAAACGAGAAGUGUUUUAAGAAACAGGCAAAGAAAAAUAAACUAAAUGAAAGAGACUAAACAUGCCUCACCAGGGGACCUCACUGCUCCCUUGUAUCCAUUGGGAUACACUGGGAAAAAGCAGCCAAGAGCUCCUGCUGAUGCAUGGCUGAGGCAGGCAGUGAAGGCAGGGGACCAUCACCCCAGUGUCUGGCCUGAGCCUCCUCCAGGUCCCUCCACAGCUCUCCAUGAACUCCCCCUCCCUCAGGCAGAACCACUUCUUUCAGCAGGACAACAGCUAAAUCUCAGUUCUAUUUUUGUAUUAUUUAUGUUCCUGAAGAUUUUCAGAUGUUUUUACUGACGUUUGGAAGCUUCAUUUGGCAAAUAUUCCCUGUGCUUCAUUCAGCAUUUCUGUUAUCGCCUCCACCUCGCUGGGCCUCCGCCUUUCUCCCCCAAAACAUGGGAUGAAAGGAAAACUCAGUGUUAGCUCAAAAGCAAAGGAAAUUAGGGCUUGGGCAAGAGUUACCUGAUCAAUAUGCAGCACUAGCAGUGGCCAUAAUGACAAUAUUCAGGAGGCAUAAACCACGUGGACCCGUGGAGCUCCAGAGUGUGGCUGGAUGAUGCCACUGCAGCCCUGCAGCAGCACAGGCACAGUCCAGGAGAGGAACAAACAAAAGCAGCAGGGUUAAACAACCAAAGAGCCUCCACCAAACCGAGCUGCAGAUGCUGGAGGCACCCCAGGUCUGCCCCUGCCUGUGCUCUGCAGGGGGGACCACAACAGAAGCCCUCAUGCUGAAGAAGUCUGAUACAGGACUUGCUGCUCUCCCAAGGGGCUGCCAUGCCCACGGACACAGCUAAUGCCCUUCAAGAGGUCCCUAUAUAUAAAACCCCUACAUAUAAAGCCUAGCCAGAGGCACCAACAGGACAAAAAGAUGUGGAAGAAGCCUACUGUAAAGCCAGCUCGAGCUUCCUAAAGGGCAGCAGAGGGGUUAAAAGGUGUUCAGGGCCAGGGGAGAGAAACAGAUUUCAACAUGUUCACAGAGUUUCCUGGCUUGGCACUACUGCAUGAAGCUGCAAAUCAGUUUCCUGUCUCAUUAAGAAUCCCCUGCAUUUAAUUGCUCUGAGUGUCUGCUGUAGAGAUUGACUUAGAGGGAUGAGCUGAGUGGUGGCGGUUUGUUCUCAGCACCUCGGUUCAGAGGGUCUGUCCUACUUGUCAGUAGUAAAAGCCAGCUUGGCAAGGGUGCUGUAAGGAGUGUGUCACAAAGCUGGAGUGCUUGGAGCCUCCCACAUGGGAGAAGCUUCACACUUCUGAUUUAGCCAUAAAAUAAUCUUCUACCUGAUACUACUGAACUCGCAAACUGAAGAUGGUGCUUCUGGUUUUAGGUUGCCUGGGCUAAAUUCAGGUCUCAGCUACACAAGUCUGAAUCAGGCCAGAUGAACUGUUGUGCCCUGAGUAGGAGACACUCAUACAUUCGCCCAAGGAAGCAGUUGGAUAAUGCAGCAAUCACAUUCAGCCAAUGCCUGAGGGGUCUAAAUCCCAUCUGCUCUAAACCUGCCCCACGGACACCCUCUGCUGUGACUGUUUUACUCCAGCUUCAUCCACUACGCACAAACGGGGCAGUAACUUUGUUGUACACUAUUUUUGUAAGAAAACCAAAUGUAAGCAGCCUGUACUUACUGUAAUGAUGGGUAUUUAUUGGCUCCAGUAGCACGCAGCUUGUGAAUAAAGGUAUCCAGAGACUUUA